CAAUAAAAUAGGUUGUUACUUUCCUAAAUUGAGAUUCUAAAGAUUAUUUAUAUCAAGGGUCAAAUUUUGCCAAUUGAAUUCGGGAGUUUUCAGUUUUCACUCACGGACCCAACAGAGUCUCGGUCUCGCGCCGCCGCGCCACGCCGUAAACGAUGCUAGAUGGUUGGGUGUGUGCUUUCCUUUUGGUGCUUUAUUGUUCUGUGGAGGUAAUUGAUGCAAGUGCUGGUGAUGCUGAUCCGCGCUAUAGGGUUUGUAUAACACAGUGUCAGGAAACUGGAUGCGUUGCGCAAAGAUGCUUUCCAAACUGUAAAUUUUCUUCUGAUGGAGAAUUUAUUGAUCGCCCAUGGUAUAUGCAACAAGAACCACUCUAUUUACAAUGGAAAAAAUGGGAUUGUCAAAGUGACUGCCGGUACUACUGCAUGCUUGAUAGAGAGAAAGAAAGGGAGUCACAUAACCUUGGACCUGUCAAAUAUCAUGGAAAAUGGCCAUUCAGGCGUAUAUAUGGGAUGCAGGAGCCCGCUUCUGUGGCUUUCUCAGCUCUCAAUCUCGCAAUGCAUUUUCAUGGUUGGGUCUCCUUUUUCAUUCUUAUAUACUAUAAAUUGCCUCUAAAAGAUGGAAAGAAGGCAUAUUAUGAGUAUGCUGGUUUGUGGCAUAUGUAUGGGCUUUUAUCACUGAACUCCUGGUUCUGGAGUGCUGUUUUCCACAGUCGAGAUGUUGAUAUAACAGAGAAACUAGACUAUUCAUCUGCAGUCGUUCUCCUUGGGUACUCCCUCAUUUUAGCCAUCUUACGAACAUUCAGUAUUAGGGAUGAGGCUACCAGAGUCAUGGUUGCUGCUCCAUUGAUUGCUUUUGUGACCACCCACGUAAUGUACAUCAACUUCUAUUUACUAGAUUAUGGAUGGAAUAUGAUAGUUUGCGUAGUGAUGGCCAUGGCACAACUUUCCAUGUGGGCAGUUUGGGCUGGUGUUAGUAACCAUCCUUCACGUUGGAAGCUCUGGCUCGUUGUUAUUUCUGGUGGCCUUGCAAUGCUCCUAGAAAUCUAUGAUUUCCCUCCAUAUGAAGAACUUUUUGAUGCACAUGCUCUUUGGCAUGUCACCACCAUUCCUCUAACUUACAUUUGGUGGAGUUUCAUCAGAGAUGAUGCAGAGUUUCGAACCUCUAAUCUUCUCAAGAAGGCCAAGUAGCUUCCUUUUAAGCUCACUCAAUCUUUAAUGGUCAUGCUUAUACCCCAGCUAAGCCUGAAUAUAUUAUCAUCGAUGGUGUACUUGUGAGUGUUCAUUUCACUUUCUAUCUGUAGUAUAGACUUAGUUGGAGUUUUGCCUUUACAUUUGGGUGAAAGAUGAAGUUGACAGACAUUCUUGAUGCUCUCUUCAAGGCCGAAAGAUCAUUUCGGGGUUUUCCCAUUUCUCUUUAGCUUACUUAAAAUGUGUACACAAUCUUACUUCUAUUGGUGGAGUGAUUCAAUUUUGAAGGAUUCUUAGGUCGUGUUUGCAUGUGGACUAUGAACAGAACAGAAUGGAACGGUUAUAUUCAUUUCUCUUUGAUUCCAACAAGAAUUUUAGUAGCA